AUGCGGAAUGGUGAGGAAACCGCAGCUCUGCUCAACUCACAGUGGGGGCUCUCCCAGGUCCGGGCCUGUGCUUGCCCAGCACCAGCGGCUCUGCCGAAACCCCCCCAAAGAUUCACAACCGACGAGCGGACGCCAGCCUCCCCGCAUUCAGACGCCGUGGCCCUUCGGUGUCUCUGGUCCUCAGAGAAGACGCACAGCAGCUGUCUCUGCCCAGCUCCCGUGACCCUGCUCGUGAGAACCAGGCUUCUUCACGCGCCGGGAAGAGCACACACCGAAGUCACACCCACAGUGUCUGGGCUGUCUGAAGUGCCUACCUGA